UGGCACUUUUAUACGCAAAUAUACCAGUUGCAUUGAGUGGUGCUUUGGCUGUCCUCAUGACUGGAGUUUAUACGUAUACCACAAGGAAAACACAACCAAAAUAUCGAGCAAUUAGAUUUGCAAUUUUAGAGCUUUUUUUCUCUUUUUCAAUUCCUUUAUCAACAACUAUUGGUGGAUCUGUGCUUGCAAUGAAACCUUGGUUUCCUAGUCAACAUCGUAAUUACAUUGGCGUUUUCAUCAUUUCCAUAAUAAGUUCAGCGGUUGCAGCUCUUUGGGUGGCAAUUUUUCUCAAUGAUGCUGAAAGUUCAAAAGAAAAACUAGAUAAUAUCGAUACAUCUAAAGGCGAACAUGAUCAAGUUGGCAAACCUCACAACCCUGAAAAUGUACCAAAGAAUACAAAUAUCAUUUUAGAGAUCAUCAAUAUUCGUAAUGUUGCCAAUACACUGAACACAGCUUUCAAAAAGCGCGACCACAAUGGAAGGUUCUUUUUACUGUUCACAAUGGUUAGCAUGGCUGUUUGUCUGAUUGGUUACAUGGGUGAAAAUGCAAUCGGUUUUCAGUUUGCUCAACGAGUUUAUCACUGGAAUGCUGAAUAUUAUUCAUACAUGUCAGGAACCAUCAUUUUGAUUCCAGCACUAGUGACAACAAUCACUCCUCCAAUUUUAAUUCACAAGUUUCAUUUACAUGAUACUGCCAUAGGAAUAAUUGGAAGUGUUUCAAUUGUUGUUUACAUGUUUGUUCGUGGACUGGUUCUCAAUUCAGCUGGAUUCUUCAUCAGUACUGUUCUUGGUUCCUUGAUGGGCUUAUUACCAAUCUGUAAUCGAGCUGUUGUAGCUAGGAUCAUAAAAUACAAUGAAAUCGGCCAAAUAUAUGCAUUCUUGUCAUGCAUUGAAUCAACUGGACCUUUGAUAUCAUCCUUGUUUUUUUCAGAGUUGUUCAAUGCUACAAUUGAUGAUGCUCCUGGUUUUGUUUAUAUUGCUGCCGGAUUUGUUGUAUCAUUUACUUUGGUCCACAUGGUUUGGCUUUAUUUUACUAGAAAGACUUGGGAUUUAGUUGUAUUGGGUCAAAUGUCUCCAUCAGAUGUUCCAACUUCUUCAAAUGUUACUCAGAGAAUAGCAUCUGAAUUAGCUGUUGAUCAGAAAAAUAUUGAUAUUAAUCCAGCUCAGAUAGAAAGGCAAAAUGUCUGUGAUAUUAAUGAACAGUCUGAAGAAAUUGUAACUCGUGAGGUUUGAAUAAUGUUUGAAAGUCAAUGAGAAUCGAUGAAUUUUACUCUAAAUUGAUGUAAAUCCAAGCUUACCCCUUUCAUCAAGUCUGUGAAGGAAAAGUUUGAUAACUGGAAUUAUUGUUGAAGCUCAUUCAGAUGAACAUUUCAACUACUU